AUCAUGGACCCGCACUCUACACGCUCCCAAUUCAACCAAAGGCCACCCAAGGCUGGCCCAGCAUCUCAUAACCAGCGACAUUUUGACCUCACUUCCAUACCUCCGAAAUCUUCACCCCUGGACGGCUUCACAAAACGGUCACAGUCUACUUCGUCGAGUUCUUUGGCUUCACUCAAGUCUAUAACUUCGAAGGGUAUUUCCUCGUCAUCUACAUCGUCGACACAGACACCGAGAAGGAUUGCGACGAAUUCGAGGAUAAAGCAGGAUGAACAGCUGAGGAAGGAUAUGCAUCUUGCGUUCGUGAACAACGCGUUGCAGCAAAAGGCAAUGGGUAACACCGAAACCUUCGACGAACUCGUCGACCAAUUCAACCUCGACAACCGCACGCCUGACGCCCCCUCCGCCCUCCCCGCCCUCCGAAUCUGGCUCCAAGCCCUCAUGCACGUCGUCUCCCGCCUCGAACGGUGCCACACGCCCCUCGUGGAAGCCAUCGUCCGCUUACCGUGGAUGACGAUGGAGAACAGUUUCGUGAAGUGUUAUACUUCGUUUAUCGGGAUUUUGAUCAGUGCGAGACCGGAGUAUUUGAGUCUGGUGUUGGGUAAGGUGGCGCAGGGAUUCACAUAUCAAUCCGGUCUUCAAGCUCUCAACGUCUCCCCGCCCGAAUCUUCCUCGGCGCCUCUCACCCGCCGCACAGUCUACGACCGCAUCCACACACUCCUCCAACAUCUCCUCUCCCUCGUCCCUACCCUCCCCUCAACACUUCAACCCCUCCUAGUGCGCCACUUCCCUCACAAACGACAGAAUCAAGCCGCGCAGGUCACGUAUAUCAGGAACAUGCUGCGGGUGACGGAAUAUUGCCCGGAGCUGGCGGAUAGGCUUAUGGAGACCAUCGUGGACAGAGCGAUUCAGAUCGACGUCGAGAUCCAAGUGGAGAUCGAAGAACUCGAGGCGGAGGCUUCCGCACGCUCCCAAGCACAAGACCAACUCUUCGAUCUCGAUCCGUUCGACACCGUCGUCGGUCAAGAAGGCACCGUGCUCGAUUCUGAUUCCGAUGCAGGUGGUGACGACGAAGGGGACGAAGGUGGCGGUAAUCUGAGUGAUAUCUCGAGCGAGGCAGAGGACCCGGACGAGGUGGGGGAGGAGAAGUAUAUGGAUGUGGAUCAUAUACAGGAGAUGGUGCGGAAAUUGGACGCGGUCAUGAAGUUGAUAUUCGAGCAUUUCGAGAGAAUGCGGACUUCGUGCACAGCCACCGCUCCCUCCGAACCAUCAUUACCCACAACGGCAACCGCAGAUCCCAACACACUACCACCACCAACAUCCUCAGUCUCACUCCCACCCACACCUCCACCCCCAACCGACCAAGCCCAAGCCCAAGCCCAAAUCCUCCUCCGGACCACCUUCCACACCCUCCUCUCCAUCUUCGACCGCACCAUCCUCCUCACCUUCAAAUCGCGCUACACCCAAUUCCUGCUCUUCUACCUGACCUCACUCGACCCCGAGUUCGCAGACACCUUCACGGGCGAGCUCGUCCACAAGGCGCUCUUCUCGCCCGAAUUGCCCGUCGUGACGCGCGCGGCGAGCGCGAGCUAUGUGGCCAGUUUUGUGAGUCGGGCGAGGUUUGUGGGGAGGGGGUGGACGAGGGAGGUGGUCGGGUUGAUGGGGAGGUGGUUGAGAGGACAGGUGGAGGGGCAUGAGAUGAUGAUGGUGGGGUUGGAGGUGGGCGUGCAGGGGUUGGCGCCGUUGAAUGUGUUUUAUGCGGUGGCGCAGGCGUUGUUGCUUAUUUUCUGUUUUCGAUGGCGGGAUCUUUUGGAGGAGGAGGAGGAGGACGGAGAGAAUGGGGAUGCGGAUGUGGAUGCGGAGGGGCCGAGUGGCGGGAGGAAGUGGAUGGAGGAGUUGGGGAUCGUGCAGAGGAUGGUGACGUGUAGUUUGAACCCCUUGAAGUUCUGCUCCGAGAACGUCGUCAUCCAAUUCGCACGCGUCGCACAAGCCGCAGGCUUCGUCUACGUCUACCCCAUCAUCGAAGCCAACAGACGACACGAAUUCACACCUUCCCUUCCUUCCUCUUCCUCUUCCACCUUCCCUUCCAACUCCACCAACACCAACACCGCCGCGGCGCACGCACCAAAUCAACAUCUUCACCACCUCCAAUCCAACGCACAUCGCCCCAGAGAGACGAACGCACACCGACACAGUGAGAUGCGCGGAUCAGGUGGUGGUGGUAGUAAUGGUGGAUUAGCAGGAGCGAUGCCAGCCUACCUCGCCCGCCACGCCGAACAAAACGCGAACGUCCUAGGCGAUCUGAACACCUUCUUCCCGUUCGAUCCGUAUAAACUCCCUCGGAGCGCGGGGUACGUGGAGAGUGGAUAUCGGGAGUGGGGGGAGGUCGCUAUCGAGGACGAUGACGACGAUGAGGACUCUGAUGCGGAAGAGGAAGUGGAAGUGGAUGAAUUAGAGGAGGAAGGGGAGGGGGGCGUGCCGAUGAGUUUGGGGGGGAUGGGUGUGAAUAUUAGUGGAGGGAAGAAGGAGGUGGAGGUGGAGGUAGAGGCGCAGGCGAUGGAGUUGGGGGCUUCGUUUGGGGGGAUGAGUAUUAGUCCUGCGCCGGCGAUGGGUUUGGUGGAUCGGUCGAGGUAGUUCGUCUAGUGGGAGAGAUUGUGUGUUUGGGCUAGUUAGCCCACAUUCCAUGUCUACGUUCCUUCUCUUUCCGUUGUAUCAUGCUGUGUAUUUUUUUUCUUGGUUCGUUAGGUGUUUUCUUCGUCAGUCUCCUCUUCCACUCUCGCCUCGCAUGCAUUCUACCCCAAUUUGGGUGUUCCCCUGUUGUUCUGUCAUAGUCCCCGCACGUACAUAGUAAUAUAGUAAUAUAGUAAUAUAGCAAC